AUGGCACCAGCAAAAAGACAUUGGGUUAAGUUAAAAGUACCCAAAUCAUUCCUAUCUAAGUUACCAAAUUUCCCAACACCAAUAUUGAAAUCAAGGUUAAAAAAGAUAGCUCAAGAAGAUAGAAAAUCAGGUAUACAGUCAGUUUCAAAUCUGAAUAAAUCAUCUCCAGCACCAGAUGGAGGCAAUACACAGCAGCAACAACAAUCUACAAUGAGUCAGUAUAAAAUUAAUGUUGGUUUAAAAGAUAUGUCUACUGCUGGUUUAACAAUGAAUAGUAUUGCUCAAGGUACCUAUGCAUUAGAUAAACUGGGCAAACCAACUAGAAAAUGGGUUAAAAAACCAAGAGAAUUCAAAACAUUCACUGGAUUUAAGGUCAAAUAUACUGUAUAUCAAACUAAAGAUAAAUUAACAAAGAAAGAGAAUAAAGAUGAAAAGAAAGUGAAGAAGGAAGAUAAGAGUAAGAAAGAGACUACUGUUACGCAAACUCAAAUAAAAGUAGAAGCUCAAUAG